UCCCUCGGGUGCUAUCAAAUGAUGCUGUUUGGAAAAAUUUCCCAGCAGUUGUGUGGCUUAAAGAAACUCCCAUGGUCAUGUGACUGCAGAAACUUCUGGGGCUGGUUGAAUGCAGUAUUUAAUAAAGUGGAUUAUGAACGCAUCAAGGAUGUGGGACCUGAUAGGGCAGCAUCUGAGUGGCUGCUGCGCUGUGGGGCCACGGUGCGCUACCAUGGCCAGGAGAGGUGGCAGAAGGACUACAACCACCUCCCAACUGGACCUCUGGACAAAUAUAAGAUUCAGGCAAUUGAUGCCACCGACUCUUGUAUCAUGAGAAUUGGAUUUGAUCACCUGGAGGGCCUACAGCAUGUUGAAAAAAUAAGACUAUGCAAGUGUCAUUAUAUUGAGGAUGACUGUUUGGAGAGACUUGGUAAACUUGAAAAUUUACAAAAAAGCAUAUUGGAAAUGGAAAUAAUUUCAUGUGGGAAUAUCACAGACAGAGGCAUCAUUGCUUUAUAUCACUUAAGAAACCUCAAGUAUUUGUUGUUAAGUGAUCUUCCUGGAGUAAGAGAAAAAGAAAACCUUAUCCGAACCUUUAAGACAGCACUGCCUUCUCUGGAACUAAAGUUAGACUUGAAGUAAAAUAAUAAUAUUCGAUAGGUGUCUUAUUUCAAUAUACAGUAUCAUUUGAAAUUGUUGACCCUAAACAGCAAUAAAUAUUAUAUAAUCAUCAACAGACCUUAAGGAUGUCAUAUCAUGACAUUUCAGAAGCAGAGUCCAUCAUGUAGAGAAUAUUCAGACAUGACUCAGUCUAUGCACAUUAAAUCAUUUUAAGAAAAAUGGAAACCAGGUAGUUUAAUUCUAAUAUAGUCCUCAUUUUAUAUAUCUAUGUAGAUAACUCUUGAUGUAGAUAAUGACAGAGUUCUUUAAAGUGAUUUAGGGGCGCCUGGGUGGCUUAGUCAGUCAAGCAUUUGCCUUCGGCUCAGGUCAUGAUCCCAGGGUCCUGGGAUUGAGCCCCUCAUCAGGCUCCCUGCUCAGCUGGGAGCCUGCUUCUCUCUCUGCCUCUCCCCAUGCUUGUGCUCUCUCUCUCUCUGUCAAAUAAAUAAAAUCUUUGAAAAAUAUAUUUUAAAAAACUAAAAAAAUUAAGUGAUUUAAAUGUGCAACAGAUAUUCUUUAUUGUACUUUAUCAGUAAUUUAUAGGACUGUUACCUUUUACUCUAAAGUUACUGAAGCAUGCUACUAUAAAUAUACAAUGAGAAACUGAAAGCUAAAUUUCAGAUUCAUUGGUGGAGCCAAUCAUAAAAGGCGGUCAGUGGUUGUUGAGGCAUUCAUAUUGCUUCCCAGGAUUUGACUGCAUUUCUCAUGAUCCUAUGUUCCUGUGUUCUUUAUAAUAUACACCUUUCUCUGGCUAAUUUGUCUGUUUUGUAAGCUUAGUCGAGGGUUUUAUUAAAACUAGACAUAAAUACUUGGCUGAAUUCAAAUGGUUUUGCUGACUGCAAUAAAACAGAAGAAAUGA